AUGCAGGAUCCAGUGCGUGGUGACCAAUUGCCAAAGGUCGCUACAGAGGAAAUAAUCUCAGCACAGAGCGCCCAGAGGCAUCAAGAGCUGACGGAAUUCUUCUCAUCAAAACCCAACCUGGGUUGCAACGGUAGCAUGGCCUUCCCCGCGAUCUCAUUCCUAAAGAGCUUAUGGAGCAAUAGAGGCACGGUAGAACGUGGUCACGGCUCUCCGUUUUCUGAGCAGCAGGGAAUCAAUACGGACUAG